AUGGCGACCGUGUGUCAUCUAGAGAUAGCUCCAACGAAGCGAGAUGUCGUACGUGAGCAUGAGAUGUUACGCUACUAUUCGCCCCCCGAUACAUCGACCGAGGAUAUCUCAGUACACCGAGCAUCCUCGCCGGAUACCAAUCUGACUGCGCUCGCUCAACUCGUCAUAGGCAAGAAGACACAGUACUUCAUCGCAGAAGCAACGAAGACCCUCAACCUUCUGGACACCUCUAAGAGCGGCGCAGCUGGGGAUGAAUUGUGGUUUGGAUGCGGUUCCGUGGAUAAGUCAGGUCGGCUGUGCGAGCGUACGCUUGAGGUGACUGCUGAGAAAGCGGGUCAAUAUCCAAUCUUCACGGUGCCAAAUCUAGCAGAGGAUCCUCGCUUCAACGAGUUGCCAUUCGUCACAGACGGGCCGCAAUUCAGAUACUAUGCUGGAACGCCUUUGAAGACAAAGAGAGGAAUCAACAUAGGUUCCCUAUUCAUCCUUGAUAGCGUACCCCGCCCCCACUUGACCCCCGAGCAAGUGGACCUUCUUGGCACGCUGGCUCAGACCGUCGUGAAGCAUAUGGAAGUCAGCGCGGAGGCUGAGGAGCGAAGAAAGACAGUAAAGCUAUCUGUGGGAAUCAAUGCUUUCGUUCAAGGGAAAAGCACAUUGCCUGCAGAACAAUCUCAUGGUGCUUCAAAUAGGCAAGAUCAAACUUUGGAAGGAACCCACUCUGUUGCUUCUCGAGCAGCGGGUAUGAAUAGUGACGGCAGUACAUCCCAAUCAGGUCCGGAUCGACCUGAUUCACGGCACCAUUCCCACUUUGAACGUCAUGUUGAUGGUUCUUCAACCAAUCAGCAGGCUGAAAGCUCACACGACGACUCUGAUUCCAUCGAUGAAACUCAGACGUUUGACGACAGUGGCCAUCGUGCCACUCUCAUACGGGCAAGUAACAUUCUGUACGAAGCGCUCGGGAUUCAACCCAAUGGGGGCGUCGUCUUCUUUGAUAGCACUACAAGACGUCGCCACAAUACCGACCUGUCUUCUCAAGUGAACAACACAGAAUAUCUCGAUAACAAUAAAAGAUCCACCUUAGAUUCGGAGACGGCGGGCGUCCCUACUACGAAUGCUGCGGUACCUUUGGCAAUUCGUGAGACUGAACCUCGAAAUUUUCAUCCUAUAGACGACCGGUUAUUGCACAGCCUGCUUCGCCGUUAUCCACGCGGUAAACUCUGGUCCUUUGAUACUGAUUCAACACUGUCAUCCUCAGAAGAAGAUGCGCUCACGAGGUCAGGAGCUGACCGAGUCGGAGAACUUUCAGGUAAGAAAAGAUACCAAGAGACCGUAUUGCUGAGAAAGUAUUUUCCUGACGCGAAGCAACUGCUCUUUUAUGGUCUCUGGGAUGCGGGCUCAAGCAGGUGGUUUUGUGCUAGCUUUGCCUGGACAACGAAGACAUCGGCACAUCAGAUCUUCUCUGUUGAGACCGAGCUUAGCUUCUUCGUAGCCUUCGGUAAUAGCAUUAUGGCUCAAGUCUCAAGGCUAUCGUCCAUGGCUGCCGACCGGCAAAAGGCCGACUUCAUUGGCUCGAUUUCGCAUGAGCUUCGGAGUCCACUGCAUGGCAUCUUAGCUUCAGCCGAAUUCCUUGCAGACGUCACACAAGACGCGUCUCAAAGUAGCCUAGUCGAUACCAUAUCUUCUUGUGGCCGGACUCUUCUGGAUACAAUUAAUCAUAUUCUCGACUACAGCAAGAUCAAUUCAUUUGAGCGGACUUGGUAUAGAUCCCAUAAGCGGGCAAAGAUUAAGGGACAUCUUAAAAAUCAAAGAACUAUGGCAGACAAAGAUGCACCCCAGAUGCUCAACGUGUAUGCGGUAGUCGAUGUUGCAUCUAUUGCCGAGGAAGUCGUUGAGGGCGUCUAUGCUGGCCAGGUUUACCAGGAUAUCAGCUCUACAGACGCAACCUCGCUCUCUCAUUUUGCGAAAGUCGGUGCAAGAGAGCAAGGUCUUCACGUUGGAACAGAAUCUAGGAGGAUCUGCAAAGAGAAAGACGUCGAAAUCAUUUUCGAUUUUCAGCCAGGUAAUUACUGUUUUGUCACCCAGCCUGGUGCACUCAAGCGCGUCAUAAUGAAUAUAUUCGGCAACGCUUUGAAAUAUACCCAGAAAGGCUCCAUUCAUGUAAAACUUUCUCUUGAUGACAAGGGGCAGCAUUCAACGGAUGCUGCUGAUGGCGCGGAUCUCUCAAAGGAAAGCAUUCUACAGAUACAGAUCAUCGAUACCGGCAAAGGCAUAUCUCGACAGUAUCUACGGACAAGUCUCUUCAAACCUUUCUGCCAAGAAGACGUUCUUGCAAGUGGAACUGGUCUAGGACUGUCUAUAGUUAGAUCUAUUAUCACCAUGCUAUCUGGCACGAUCGACGUUCAGAGUGACGUAGGGAUAGGCACAGAAGUCGAUAUCAAAAUUCCCCUAUCUCGGGUACCCGGUGCCGACACACCAGUGGCAACACCAAGCAGCGGUACAGCGUCAACCAUUGACGACUCGAUCAGCGUUUUAGAGCGCGACUAUCAGAGCGUCCGUGUCGCCUUGUUUGGCUUCGAAUGGCACAAAACAGGUACAGGUCCUGCGUUGCAAGCCUGUCUCGAACACUGGUUGGGCCUUCGUGCCAAGAAACAUGAGGCGGAUCUGAAAUCCUACGAUGUAAGAGCUUUGAUCACAGACGACCAAGCACUGCAUUCAUUGCCCCCAAAGACUCCAGUAGACCUUCCAAUACUGGUGCUAUGUAAAAGCACCAACCGCAACCAAGUGGCCAAGGUGAGCUAUGGACAUUCUGUCAUGGAAUUCGUUUCAAAGCCUUGUGGCCCGCGUAAACUUGCGAAAGCUCUGCGAGUCUGUCUGGACAGAUCGCAAGGGUACGAGCUCGGCUUUGGAGGACCAACCACACCUAUGCCGGCCGAGAGGACGUCGAACAACCAUCAUGAAGAUCUACCAGAAUUGAACCAACUCACCCUUCAAUCGAACGAGGGACAUGACCCCAUCGAAAUCCAGACCAAUGAAGAGAUGUCUGCGAGUCAUUCGCGGAAUGCCUUGAUGGCUGUUGAUGAUUCAGUCUCGAAAUCAGCGAGCGGUGAUACUACAGCAGUAGGUGCAGAUGGUGCGACCCAAUUCCCAUUCCCUAGCCAAAACAAUGGCAGCUCGUCACCCGAUGUUAGCUCGAACAAUACCUCCGCUCAAAAUGGACAAUUCCCAAGUGCCGGUAGAUCGACCCUUGAAGUCGCCGAGCACCAGCAUGCGCAGUCGCCAUUAAGCAACGCACCACACGGAGCAGAAAAAGAACAGCCCGGAAAGCGCUCCCCAAGACUCUUACUAGUCGAUGACAACAAGAUAAACCUACGAUUAUUACAGGCUAGCAUGAGGAAGAGAAAAUACGAUUGUAUCGACACUGCUGACGACGGGCUAUUGGCCGUUCAGGCCGCCGAGGCAUCCGAAGACGGCUACGACAUCAUCUUCAUGGACAUCUCGAUGCCCAUCAUGAACGGAUUUGAAGCAACGCGCGCGAUUCGGGACAUCGAGUGCCAACGUGAUGGCAAAAGCAGGGCAGGGGAUGAGCGCUCGUCUGCCUUCGUUAUUGCGCUGACUGGGCUGGCGUCUGGUGAGGAUCAAGCAGAAGCUUUUGCGAGUGGGAUCGAUUUGUUCCUCACGAAGCCGGUCUCUUUCAAGAGGAUCGCAAAGCUUUUGGAUAAUUGGGAGGCUCAUGGUACUUUGACUCAACCUGAGGAAGAUACAUAG